ACCUGCCGCCCCCUUCCUGCCGCAGGCCACAUGAUGAUUAACCGCCGCCCCUACGACCGCUACUUUCCAGACCUGCUGCGCCGCAACGACCUGCUGACGCCCUUCCUGGUCACCGGCACCUUGGGCUGCUUUGACGUCAUGGUCAGCGUGCGCGGCGGCGGGCAGACGGGGCAGGCACAGGCGGUGCGCCACGGCAUCGCCCGCGCGCUGCAAAACUACGAGCCCGCCCUGCGCCCGUACCUCAAGCCCUACGGCCUGCUGUCCCGCGACUCCCGCAUCGUGGAGCGCAAGAAGCCGGGCCUGAAGAAAGCGCGCAAGGCCUUCCAGUGGGUCAAGCGAUAG